UUGCCUGUGGCCUCUGCACUGUGCACACUCCACGCACCCAGUGAGCGACAGAGACUAUACCUGCUCUCUGCAUGUGCAAAAUCAACAAUCUGCUCUCUGGAAAUUGCUGCUAUGCUUGUCAAAAGUCACUGUUUUAUCCCAUAAUUUUCUGCAAGGAGCCAGCAGGAAGAGCACAGUGGAGGCCAAGCCAGCAGCAGCCCUCCUGAACCUCAGGCUGGAUUAAUUUAGUGGAUUUGAACUCCUAGUUACAGAAAUCUCUCCCCACUGACUUUUCCAUAUGUAAACAACCUAUACAGCAUUUUGUAAUGUAAAACAAAUGUGAAUUGAGAAGACAAGCUUUAAACAGGAAGAGCUUUCAUAUCCUGCUCCAGGAGUGUGACCGGCCAUGGGUUGAAUAUAGUUAAGUGACCUCUACAAAAACUUCCUCUUUGAAGUGUUCUCUGAAGAGAUCUUCAAGGCAACUGAGUGCCUCAGAUUGUGAUUUUUACGCCUCUCCAGAGAAGUGGGAAUCUUAAGCUUGAAAGACUCCUGAGGCAAAUGCUAUUUUAGUCUCAUUGAAAUCCAGCAAGGCACCAAGUACUGAACAAAAACCCCACAGAAAUUACAGAAGAAAUAACAGGAGAGACUUGAAAUCACCUGAAUCAAUAGGAGUUCUUACCCUGCCCUGCACAUAGAUGCCCCCGAAAAAGGGAGGCGACGGGGUUAAGUCGCACCCGAUUAUCGGAAGGUUCGGGACGUCCCUGAAGAUCGGCAUCGUCGGGCUGCCGAACGUGGGGAAAUCAACGUUUUUCAACGUGUUAACAAAGAGUCAAGCGGCAGCCGAAAAUUUUCCUUUCUGUACUAUUGAUCCGAAUGAGAGUCGAGUGCCUGUGCCAGAUGACAGAUUUGACUUCCUAUGCCAGUAUCACAAACCUCCAAGCAAAAUUCCAGCAUUUCUGAAUGUGGUGGAUAUUGCUGGCCUGGUGAAGGGAGCCCACACUGGACAAGGCUUGGGAAAUUCCUUCUUGUCUCACAUUAACGCCUGUGAUGGGAUCUUUCAUCUGAUGCGAGCAUUUGAAGAUGAUGAUAUUACUCAUGUUGAAGGCAGUGUAGAUCCUGUUCGUGACAUCGAAAUUAUACAUGAAGAACUUAGACUGAAGGAUGAGGAGCUGAUCCUGCAGAGCAUAGAUAAGCUUGAAAAAGUAGCUGUAAGAGGAGGAGACAAGAAAUUAAAACCUGAAUAUGACGUAAUGUGCAAAAUCAAGACAUGGGUAAUAGAUGAAAAGAAAGCUGUCCGCUUCUAUCAUGAUUGGAAUGACAAAGAGAUUGAUGUUUUGAACAAACAUUUGUUUUUUACUUCAAAACCGAUGAUCUACUUGGUUAAUCUGUCUGAAAAAGACUACAUUAGAAAGAAAAACAAAUGGUUGAUAAAAAUUAAAGAGUGGGUGGACAAGCACGACCCGGGAGCUUUGGUCAUUCCUUUUAGUGGGGCCUUGGAACUCAAGUUGCAAGAUAUGAGUGCUGAGGAGAAACAGAAGUAUCUGGAAGAGAACAUGACACAAAGUGCUUUAGCAAAGAUCAUUAAGGCUGGAUAUGCAGCACUCCAACUAGAAUACUUUUUCACUGCAGGCCCAGAUGAAGUGCGUGCAUGGACCAUCAGGAAAGGGACGAAGGCUCCUCAGGCAGCAGGGAAGAUUCACACAGAUUUUGAAAAGGGAUUCAUUAUGGCUGAAGUAAUGAAAUAUGAAGAUUUUAAAGGAGAAGGUUCAGAGGCUGCUGUCAAGGCUGCUGGAAAAUACAGACAACAAGGCAGAAAUUACGUAGUGGAGGAUGGAGAUAUUAUCUUCUUUAAAUUUAAUACACCCCAACAACCCAAGAAGAAAUAAAUACCAGAUUUGUUCGCUCAGAAAUGAACUGUGCUGCUUCAAAAAGCAUAUGAAUUUUUAUUUGGAAUUGGAAUAUCUGGAAACAAAAAGCAUACAGUUUCUACCUAGGGAACCGCCCUUCCCCCCAGUGAAAUUAUUCUUGUUUGUUUUGAAUUAAAAUAUGGCACCUCCAGCAAACAUGCAAGUUCACUAAAUGUGAACAGCUUUGCAUUUCAAACGAUUAAGACCCUACUCCAAAUUGUAGAAGCUUUUCGGGAACCAUAUUACUCUCAUGAUACUUCAUUAAUCUCCAUCAUGUAUGCCAAGCCUGACACGUUUGACAGUGAGGACAAUGUGGCUUGCUCCUUUUUGAAUCUACAGAUAAUGCAUGUUUUACAGUACUCCAGAUGUCUACACUCAAUAAAACAUUUGACAAAACCA